UCCACUGCUUCGUCCCAUCCAGGGUCCCAUUAAGGAAUUGGCGCAGGAUUUGGGGCGCUCGCUCAAAUAGGUCCUCCGCGCCUAGACCCUAAAGGUUAAUUAUGUUUCUUAGGGCGAUCAAGAGGAAUCAUCAGGAUUGAAACUUAUAGACUUGUAGAUUUACUGUGAUAGAUGCGGUUUUUCUGCAGAAGAUGAAAGUGUGUUCAGAUGUAAUUGUAAAAAAACUGAAGCGCUAAAUUUAGGUAUAAAAACGAAAUAUUUUCGGGGUAUUUUACCUUUAAAUUAUUGAUCUCGGUCUUGGCAAGUAAGUCUUGAAUAUCUCUAAACCCAACUACUUCAGGAAAUGCUUAUUGAACUAGCUGCUGUGUUUAUCUUGGUAAUACGUGGGAUCCGUGCAUCCGUCAUCACUGGAAGCGAUCUGCAGCCCUACAUGCCCAAUGUGUGCCCAACACGUGAAGCGAUGCUGGUAGCACGGAAUCAGCCGUGUGUCCAGGCCUUCACGCGUGUUGUAAAAGUGUGGAAGCAGAACUGCCCAGGCCAAACGUGGUGCAUGGGUUAUGACCGACGGACGGCCUACUACACAGCUUACCGGCAGGUGUACCAGCAGGAGUACCGCACCGUCUACAAGUGCUGCCCCGGCUGGUCCCAGCUCAACGGAGAAGCAGGCUGCCUCUACCCUAUCUGCAGCGAUGGUGUGUGCUUCAAUGGUGGGCAGUGCCGUGAGGACUCAGUCCACCGCUGUGACUGUCCUCCAGGCUUCAAAGGGCCCAGCUGUCAGUAUGACAUGAAUGAAUGCGAGGAGUCGAACGGGGGCUGUGAGGCUGAGUGCUGCAAUACCAUUGGCAGCUUCUACUGCAGGUGUCCUGCUGGCCAUGAGCUCCAGGAGGACGGCCAGACCUGUCGGGACGUUGACGAGUGCCAGGUCCACAACGGCGGCUGCCAGCACAGAUGUUUGAACACCCCGGGCUCCUACCGCUGCGAGUGCGACGUGGGAUUCCGCCUGCACGUCGACGCGCGCACCUGCAUCCCGGUUCACUCCUGUGCGGUCAGCAAUGGAGGCUGCGAGCAUGACUGCGUCCCCAUGUCCCCUGGGCACUUUCGAUGCCGCUGCAGGGACAGCUACGAGCUGGCCAAGGAUGGCAAGCACUGCCGGCCACGGGACCCGUGUGCCAACCGGAAUGGGGGCUGCAUGCAGGAAUGCCGGAGCGAUGGCGGGCGGGCGCUGUGUAGCUGCCGCCCCGGCUACCGGCUGGCAGAGGACGGCGAGGCCUGUUCAGAUGUCGACGAGUGUCAGACGGGCCAGGCCACCUGUGCACAUGGCUGUGUCAACACACACGGCUCCUUCGUCUGCAUCUGCAGUGCUGCCUACGAGCUGGGCGAAGACGGCAGGCAGUGCUACCGCAUUGAGAUGGAGAUAGUCAACAGCUGCGAGACAAAUAACGGCGGCUGUUCGCAUCACUGUCAGCAUUCCACCAAUGGGCCGGUCUGCAGCUGUAACCAUGGCUACCAGCUGGGCGAUGACCUCAAGACCUGUGUGGAUGUUGACGAAUGCGCAGACGGCAUCGCCUGCUGCAAGCAGGGCUGCAGUAACUACCCGGGUGGGUACGAGUGCUACUGCGACGCGGGAUACCAGCUCCACCUGCAGGGGUGCAUCUGUGAGGAUGUGGACGAGUGCCUGUCCGGAAAUGGGGGCUGUGAGCACAGGUGCCAGAACACGCCGGGAUCCUUCCAGUGCUCCUGUCGCCCGGGACACCACCUGGACGAGGACCAGCGCUCCUGCCUUCUCCUGGGCGGCGCUGUGGAGGCGCUGAGUAGCUGGCAGCCGGAAGAACGACCCCAGCUCCAGCUCACGCUGCUGCGGGACUAUGAGCAGCCGCUGGAGCGCUACGACGACUACGAGGACGGCCUAGGAGAGCUGCGUGCAGAGAGCGUGCUGGCAGAGAAGUUUGUGUGUCUGAACGGCACCUUCGGCCACGACUGCAGCCUGACGUGUGCAGACUGCUCCAAUGGGGGGGUGUGCAGGCCAGAAGGGGGUGGCUGUGACUGCCCUGACGGCUGGACUGGGGUCGUCUGCAAUCAGACGUGUCCCGAGGGGACCUACGGGCGGAGCUGCUCCUUCAGCUGUGGGUGCCAGAACGGGGGCACGUGUGACCCGGCCAGCGGCACGUGCCGGUGCCCCCCCGGCGUCAGUGGCGACAUGUGCCAGGAUGGCUGCCCCAAAGGCCUGUAUGGGAAGCACUGCAAUAAGAGGUGCAACUGCGCCAGUAAGGGACAUUGUCACCGCACCUACGGGGCCUGCCUCUGCGACCCGGGGCUCUACGGCCGCUUCUGCCACCUGCCUUGUCCCAAGUGGACGUUCGGCCCGGGCUGCUCUGAGGAAUGCCGCUGUGUCCAGCGGAACACCCUGGAAUGUCACCGUCGCCACGGCACCUGCGUCUGCAAACCUGGGUACCAAGGAGACGCCUGCCAGGAAGAAUGCAUUGCUGGGUUUUACGGCUCGGGAUGCGUAAAGAGAUGCGAGUGUCCACUGGGCACCCCGUGUGAUCCGGUGGCCGGGGAGUGCCAGCGCCAGUGCCCUCCGGGUCGGAUUGGAGCCAGAUGUGAAAAAGAAUGCCCAGGCGGACGUUUCGGGGUGGCAUGUGCCAUGCGAUGUAACUGUUCGGGGUUGCCGUGUGACCAGGUGACUGGGCAGUGCCGCUGUCCUGCUGGAAAGGCCGGGGAGCGCUGUGAGGCAGAGUGUAACGAAGGCUUCUGGGGGCUAGGCUGCAGGGACGUCUGCCCCCCCUGUGAGAAUGGGGGGGCGUGUGACAAACAGAAGGGCUCCUGCAACUGUGUGCCGGGAUACACGGGCGCGCUGUGUCAGGAAGUUUGCCCAUCUGGGCAGUUUGGUCUGCGAUGCCAGCUCCGCUGUGAGUGUGAGGAUAGUGGGCAGUGCCACCCUGCCACUGGACGCUGCAUGUGUCUCCCUGGACGGACUGGCUUGCACUGCAGUAAAGCUUGUGACGCUGGAUUCUGGGGCCCAGACUGCAGCAGAACCUGCGACUGUGUGAACGGCGACGGCACUUGCGAGGCGGAGACGGGCCGUUGCAGUUGCGAUGCAGGCUUCACUGGGACACUCUGCGAGCAGAAGUGCCCAGCGGGCUCGUUUGGACCGGGAUGUCGGCACUGGUGCCGGUGUGACGGCAGUGCGACCUGUGACCACGUGAGCGGUGCCUGCAGCUGCCCGGCAGGACGGAUCGGGACGUUCUGUGAGAAACCCUGUCCCCAGGGAUUUUACGGGGCAGACUGCCAGCAGAAGUGCUCCUGUCUGAACGGAGCCCGCUGUGACCCCUUCACCGGGGCGUGCCGGUGCUCCCCCGGGUGGGUCGGCCCACACUGCAACCUUCCGUGCCCCCCUGGCUCCUAUGGAGAGGCCUGUACCCAGGUCUGCCACUGCCACAACAAUGCCAGCUGCCACCCAGUGUCUGGCCAGUGCCACUGUGCUCCUGGCUUCACUGGGCCCAGCUGCCUGCAAGCAUGCUCAGUGGGAUUCUACGGGUUGGCCUGUCAGCAGCGCUGCCUCUGCCAGAAUGGGGGCACAUGUGACCCCGCUGAUGGGCACUGCACGUGCCCUGAUGGGUGGACCGGAGCGGCCUGCGAGCUGGAGUGCGCUGGGGGCCUCUUCGGAGCAGGAUGCCAGCAGCGCUGUGAGUGUGAGAACGGCGCGCGGUGUGACCCACACAGCGGCAAGUGCACCUGUGGGCCCGGCUGGGUGGGCCGGCGCUGUCACACAGCAUGCCCCGCUGGGUUUUUCGGACCCGACUGUAAGCAGCGAUGCGUGUGUGACCAUGGCGCCCUCUGUCACCAUGUCACCGGUGCCUGUGUGUGUCCUGCUGGGUGGAGAGGUACACUGUGUGACAGAGCCUGUUUACCUGGGACGUUCGGGCAGAACUGCACAGAGCUUUGCCGAUGCCCCGCCGGCACGGCCUGUCACCAUGUGACCGGGGAGUGCGGCUGCCCUCCCGGGCUGACGGGCAAUGGCUGUGAGCAGCCCUGCCUGCCGGGUACCUAUGGCCUCAACUGCAAUCAGAUGUGCCAGUGUCCUGCGGUCAAUCAGCUCUGUCACCCUGUCACCGGCCACUGCUACUGUGCGCCUGGUUACCACGGUGACCACUGCUCUCUUGGGUGUGCGGUGGGUUCCUACGGGCCAGGCUGCGUGCACCGGUGCCAGUGUUUGAAUGGGGGGGGGUGCCAGCCAACCACAGGGGCCUGUGCGUGCCCACCGGGAUAUAUCGGAGCCCACUGCAACCUCACCUGUCCAGUGGGGCACUAUGGGCAAGACUGUGCCCAGGCAGUGCUCUGUGCAGAGGGGGCCAAGAGCGACCCGGUCACAGGCCGCUGCGAGUGCGACACCGGGCGACGGGGAGCCGACUGCAGCCAAGACUGUGCUCCAGGCUGGUUUGGGGAGGACUGUGCACAGCCCUGUAACUGUAGCAAUGGAGGCCUGUGUGACACUGUCUCUGGGCUGUGUACUUGCGCACUGGGCUGGACCGGAGAGCACUGCGAACAGGAGUGCCCCCCAGGGAGAUACGGGGCUAACUGCUCGCUGCACUGUGGCUGCCUUCACGACGGCGCGUGUGACCGUGUGACGGGCCUUUGCCGGUGUCCCCAGGGCUACUACGGCCCGCUCUGCCAGCACGCGUGUCCCGCCGGCUUCCACGGCCCCAGCUGCCACCUGCCGUGUGACUGCCGCAACGGGGCCACAUGUCACCCCAGCAGCGGCCUCUGCAUCUGCCCCCCCGGCUACCAGGGACACCGCUGCGAGAAUCUAUGUGAACAAGGCAGGUUUGGAGAAAACUGCACGCAGUCAUGUGACUGUGCCGGGGACAGCCCAUGUGACCCUGUGAGCGGCAGGUGUCUGUGUCCAUCGGGGAAGACGGGGUCCAGGUGUGACGCGGACUGUCCUGCGAACCGCUUCGGCCCAGACUGCGCACACUUCUGCGAGUGUGACAGCAGGGGGCAGUGUGACCCUCGGAGCGGACGCUGCACUUGCCUUGACGGCUGGGGGGGCCUCACAUGCAGGGAGAGUCAGCUCUCCUGGCCACAGCAGUCCCAUACAGAUAUAUCCACACAGGAGUCCUACAGAGACCGAAGGCAGAACCUCUCGCAUCCAGAUAAUUAUGUAUAGCACCCCCUGCUGGCUGCACCACACUGAAAAGAGCAGAGACAUUUUACAUCACAGAACCGGGUUUGUAGGUGCCAAGCAGAUACUGUGAAGUCACAUGUGGGGUGAGAGGGACACUGGGACACAGACCUCAGGUCCUCAGCGUCAGU